AGAACUUUUGAACAUCUUUUAAACAAAUUUUGGAAAAUGAACAUUCCAUUUUCUAAACAAGAAGUUCCCCCAGAGGAAACCGAUUUGUUUACCGGCUUAGAUAUAAAGAAUAACCGGCAGACACCUACACAACACCAGCGGGUUUCGUCCGUUCCGAAUUCUCCAGAACAGACGAAUCAUAGGUGGCAAAAUUCUAACCAGCGCAUGGUAAAUUCGAUUGCAUCUUUUUCAAUGUCUGGUAAUCUCUCUGAAAUUUCUUUAAAAUCCAAUGAUGUUUCUCCAGCGAUUUCAACUGCUACUACGAUGCAGAAUUCGGCAUUUAGGUUUAUUUCCGAUUCUGCAAGCAAGAAAUCGCCACAAGCAACUGAAAAAAUUCCGAAUUUCCCGUUCAAUAAUUCCACUCCACGUGAAAAAUCACAAUCAAGUUUAAAUAAUUUCGUUUUCAAUCACGAAGAUACAUUGGCCUUCGCUGUACCAAAUAAUGGACAAAAAAGACCAGCACUUAAAUCACAAGCUCAAAAUCUUUCGUUUUCUCAGCGGCCAAUUUCGAUUUCUUUGAAUUCUAUAAAAUCCCGUUCCAAGGCCAAUAAAGUAUCCCUUGAAGAACUUGCUAUUGAUACAGAAUCAAAUUCAAAUAUACAAGGUGGAAUGGCAACUACUUCCAUAUUGAAUUCUCCACCUCCUUUGACAAAGAAUAAUAAAAGUAAAACGGAAUCAGAAUUAUCCAGGUUGGAAAAAGAAUUGCAACAAAUUAUCGAUAUACAAUCAAACGUUUUUCAGAGAAGGAAUUCGAUUUAUGAACAAUUGGCUGAGAACUUUGGUAAAGUGAAAUCACUUGAAAUAGACCAAUCAAAUGCUUUAUCUAGUGAGGAUUAUGCUAGAGCAGAUAAAUUGACACAUGAAAUACAAGAAAUUCAUCAUAAAAUUAAUAACUUUUGCGGUGUAUUACCUGGAUUGGAUCAGACAUUGAAUGAAUUGAGAGAAAAACAAGCUGGCUAUUUAAAAAGUAAAUCAGAAACUUGUAGAAUUUUAGAAAAAGAGUUAAAGACAAAAAAGAACGAACAUAUUGAGACUUGGAAAACAUACAGUGCUGAUAUGGAUAGUUUACGAACUAUGGAGACUGAACAAAUAAAUACCACAAGAGAAGAAAUUGGAAAAGCGAGAAGUGAUAUUGUUUUUAAUAAGGAAAUUUUGAGUAAUAAUGAGGCUGAAUUAAACGAAAAAAUUGAGGACCGUUGUCGAGAGGAAAAAUCUGAACGCGAAACCCUUUCUAAAAAACGAGAAAACAUACGUGGAGAAAUAGAGGAGUUAUUGUUACGUGUCGAAAGGUUACGUGCCGAAGAAGAUAAUUACAGCAAACAGAUUAACGAGAUAGAUAUCAAAAUAGAAAAUAUUAUAAAUGAAUAUAAUCCUGAAAAAGAAGGAUUAUUAAGGGAAAAAAAUGAACUAGACAACAAAGAACGAGACAUUGAGAAUAAAUCGAGGCAUGUGGAAGAAAUGGAAAAUCAAUUGCAUAGUAGACUCGACUAUUACAAAAAACAACAUGAAUUAUCACAGGAAGAAUUAGCUUCAUUAGAAAAGCGUAUCGAAGAGAUGGGGUCUAUAUCGAAAAUUAAUCGAGAGGAAGCCAAUGAAGUUGAAAAAUUAAUAGAUCAUUUAAGGAAUCGUGCUCAAAGAGACUUAGAUUGUGAAAAGGAAAUCUCAGAGAACCAUGUGCGAAUGGAGGAAUGCGAUGUUGAGGUUAAAAAGUUAACUUCUAAAGUAAUGCAUGACAAACAAACAUACUCGAACGUUCAGCAGGACAUAUCAACUAUAGAUACGCAAAUACCUGCAUUGGAAGAGCAAAAAAAGCUAGCCGUUGCUGGACGAGAUUUUGGAUUAGCAAGUCGCCUAGCUAACCGCAUAAAGGAUCUUAAGUCAACACGUGACGAGCGCACUAAAUUUUUGGAAACUAAGUGUGCAAGCUUAGAACGCGACCAGGAAGAUUUAAAAAUGGCAAGAAAAAAAUUGGAAGAAUACAAUUCAAAAUUUAUUGAAGUUGAAAAAAAUAUUGGAUCAGAAUUGUAUGAAGAGUUGAAUGAAUCACUCUUACAACUUAGAUCAAGAUACGACGUAGCCAAUCAACGGAACUUUCAUACUUUGAUGAGUUUAUUACAGAAUGAAAUAAAAGGGUUAGAAAAUCGUAUCGAUCAAAUUAAAGUAAGAUAUGGGCUUUUGAAUUCAAACGUUCAAUCUAAUAUAUUAAACAACCUUCAAGUAGUUGCGAAAAAUGAAGAUUCUUAUGAAUCAACAAACUCAUUUAUUAAUAAUUCAACGCGGCUUAAAGAAUUGGAAGCACAAUUACAGGAGGCCGUAGAACGCGAAGAUUAUCUUCUUGCAGAACAAUUACAAACCGAGAUUAGUAGUAUUCAAAGUCCAGAAGUGUCGGAUAAAUGAAAGGAUAUAAGGAGUAUACACUAUAUUAAGUGCAAGAUUAUAUAUUUAU